AAACGUGAAGGCAUGGUAUUGCCACAAAAAUAAAUUUCUGCCCAACUUCCGCUACUUUUCUUAUUCACUCUUUGCUGUCCAUCACACAACUUCAAAAUCCCAACCAUUUCCCUUUUCAAAUAUAAUAGAUAUAAUUGAAGGUCGGUUAAUCCCCCCAAUCGAACUCCAUAUCUUGUUCAUUCCCCUGCUUUCGUUUCAAUUCGCUUCUCCCACUUCCUUCAUGUUUUUUAUCACCAUUAACAACUAUGUUUUCUGUUGUUAUCCCCACUUUUCUACUGGGGCUUUGUUGAAUACGUUCCUCCCAUUACCUUUAAUAAAUGAUCUUUCUAAAACCUUCUUCUUUUUCUUCCAGUUUCAGCUUCCCUCUUCUUCUUCCUCUUUGCCCUUGUAAAACCAACCUCUGUUUCGCAACUAGGAAUAAGAAUAACAAGACCCCGCUCAUCAAUCGCUUAAUCCCACACCGGAAAUAUUGUCUUCUUGCUUGUGCAAUUCCCAGUCCAAAUCCCAACAGGCUUAAUGUAAGGGUAGCUAGAAAUCUUGUAGCCAAUGGCUUUGCAAGUGAGUUUGUGGAUGGGGAAAGGGAAAGGGAAAAUGAAAAUCAAGAAUCCUCAAUCCAAAUGGGUUCAAAUUUCGGUAGUUUCGAACAAGACCCCAUUGUUGGCAAAUUACGGACUCAGCUAGGUGUUAUCCACCCAAUCCCGUCCCCUCCAAUUAACCGUAACAUUGUUGGGUUAUUUGUUUUUUUCUUUUUUGUUGGGGUUGCUUUUGAUAAAAUCUGGACUUCAAGGAGGAGGAGGGGCAAAUUGGGGGCUUUAGAUGGUGACCUUGUUAGAAUGGGAGGAGGGGUUUGGCCCCAAGUCCCGACUAGUUUUUCGUUGUUCUUGGAAAAGGAUUUGCAGAGGAAAGAAUCAGUUGAAUGGGUUAAUAUGGUGUUGGGGAAGUUGUGGAAAGUUUAUAGAGGUGGGAUUGAGAAUUGGAUCAUUGGGUUACUGCAACCUGUUAUUGAUAAUCUUAACAAACCUGAUUAUGUCCAGAGAGUGGAAAUUAAGCAGUUUUCUUUAGGGGACGAGCCUUUGUCUGUUAGGAAUGUUGAGCGUAGAACUUCGCGGCGAGUCAAUGAUUUGCAGUAUCAAAUAGGGCUUCGUUAUACUGGUGGUGCUCGCAUGUUGUUGAUGUUAACAUUAAAAUUUGGCAUUAUCCCAAUUGUUGUGCCAGUUGGUAUUCGAGAUUUUGACAUUGAUGGAGAACUUUGGGUUAAAUUGCGAUUGAUACCGACAGAACCUUUUGUUGGAGCUGUGUCGUGGGCUUUCGUCUCACUUCCGAAGAUCAAGUUUGAGUUAUCUCCAUUUCGCUUGUUUAACUUAAUGGCAAUUCCAGUUCUUUCAAUGUUUUUGAGAAAACUGCUCACUGUGGAUUUGCCUCGAUUAUUUGUCCGCCCAAAGAAGAUUGUUCUGGAUUUCCAAAAUGGGAAAGCAGUUGGCCCUGUUGCAAAUGAUUUGAAAUCAGGAGAAAUUCAAGAAGAGAAGAACAAGGAUUUUGUUGGAGAACUAUCCGUGACUCUUGUGGAUGCCAGGAAACUGUUUUAUGUUUUUUAUGGCAAAACUGAUCCAUAUGUUACUCUAAGCCUGGGGGAUCAAGUUAUACGCAGUAAAAGGAACAGUCAAACCACUAUUAUUGGGCCUCCUGGUGAGCCAAUUUGGAAUCAGGAUUUUCAUUUACUUGUGGCAAACCAUAGAAAAGAAAAACUAUGCAUCCAAGUGAAAGACUCCCUUGGGUUCUUGGAUUUGACAAUUGGUACAGGAGAGGUUGAUCUUGGGACUCUCAAGGACACUGUUCCAUCGGAUCAGAUUGUUGUCUUGCAAGGAGCUUGGGGAGUGUUUGGAAAGAGAUCUGCCGGAGAAAUAUUACUUCGGUUAACGUAUAAAGCUUAUGUUGAGGAUGAAGAAGAUGACAGAACUGUGGCUGGAUCUGUUGAUACGGAUGCUUCAGAUGAUGAAUUAUCUGAUUCUGAUGAACCAAAUGUGACAAAUGUGCAGGGUGUAAAGCAAUUUACAGAUGAAACAGAGGAGUCCUUUAUGGAUGUUCUAGCAGCUUUGAUUGUUAGUGAGGAAUUUCAAGGCAUAGUAUCAUCCGAACCUGGGAGCAAAUCUUUUGAUGACAUAUCAAGAAUAGGAUCUCUGAAAACAAGAUUUAGUGGUGUUAAUGGGGAAUCUUUGCCAUCAGAUUCUGAUAAGGGUUCUGAAUCAUCUGGAGGUGUGACACUUAAAUCUCUGUAUCUAAGAUUAAGUUUCAAUCGUUUAUAUUUGAAUGCACUCAAUAAUUUAUCUUCUGCAGGAUCAAUCUUAUUAUGGUUUGCUGUGAUUACAAGUAUAUCAGUGUUAAUUGCACUCGGUAUCGGUGGCUCGAGUUUCUUCAACCCUUGAUAUCACGUGAUGGGCUAGCUAAGAGUUAGUCCUUCUGCUUGAUCAAGUUUAAAGCCAGCCAUCAUUUUGCAAAUCCGAUAAUGGCUUCGAAGGAGACCUGGAGUUCACAUUCCGGUACUAUACACUUACCAGCAUGCAUAAUCUUGUUAGCAGAGUGUUCGAUUGGCGGCAGGCAAAAUUUUGGGUUUUAAGAUGUAGAAAGUACAAGCUAUAACAGAUAAGCUAUGUAUACAUGUCAUGAUUUGGGUCAUGAGAUUAGAGAAGAGAGUGAAAAAUUAUGACCCUAUUCUUUUCGUAACCAAGGAAGGAUAGAGGGCAGUGAAACCUUGAUCUGAGUGGAACUACUUGGGCUUAAGUUAUUUUUUUGCCCCUAAAAUGCAGAACCAGGUAGUGUCAUGAAGGUUGAUAUUGUACCUGGUUCUUUUCAAGCAUGCAUCCGUAUGUAUUGUGCAUUAGUUUCUGACGAUUUUUUUCAGUUGCAUUUACAUGGCAGUAAUUAAAUUUCUUUUGAUGAAAA